AUUCCUAUCGCAGGAGCCRUAAAUGACCAAUCAGAUGACGAUCGCGAUAAAAAGCGUGACUCUCAUAAUGGCGGCAUUGAUCUCCAGGAAUCAGGAUAUUUCGCUUCAGAGACCAUGAGUGUGUCACAUGACAACUCAGACCCGAUAUCCAAUCACUAUCUUUCAAACAGUGCCAAUGGACAUCCCUUGGGGGAGAGGGGUCACGAUGAGUCGUUUGAUCAGCAGAGUGUAUUCUCAUCCCCAGGAAGGGAGAGGCCCCUUUCAGACUCGUCUAUUGAGCCUAGUCCCAAUCCUCGACGAUCAAGACGGACAAGUCAACGCAGUCGUAGUAGCACUAUGGAAAAYCACGCAACGGAUCCUAUGACGUUUUACCCACAAUACCCUGCAUCACCACCUGUUGACCCAUCUCCACCCCAGGCUUCCUCGAGCAUUCUAASAGAUCAAAGUAGAAACCAGCCUCAUGCGGACGGUGGUAGAGAGAGCAGAUCACGUGCUGCUACGACAGAUUCACGACAUUCGAUCGACUCAAAUAAAGACGGACGUAAGCCUAAGCAUCAUAAGAGUCAGGUCGAUAUUCUACGAACUGAGCACGAUAACCCACCUGGUAGAUCACAUGAUAUAUCACGUGACAGAUCUAAUGRUUACUCACGUGAUAGGGGAAGGUCAGUUAGUGACGAUAUUUCACCACGCAGUCGCGAUAUUCCAGCUGAGUCACUAGAAUCCAGUCCUCGUCAUGAGGAUAAGGUCGUGAAUGAACGGAGACCUGGGCGACAUCGAACUAGUCUCUCCAGUGCAGAUAGUCGCGUAUCAACACCUUUGUUUCAUCCUGGCGCAAGACCUAAAGACGUAAGACGGAGGGACAAAGUACGACCACCUACUGCUGAAACAGAACGAGGGUUUGACAGCGGUUUCUUUGGAUCUGAGGGAAGUAGGGGCUCACGAUUUGCACGUACCCCAGAGRUCCCCCGUGAGCCUAAAAUUGUACACCCUGUUGUAAGAGAACAGACAGCUAGUGAAUCAGAAAGAGAGAGGAUCCGUCCACAGGUAGCUCACACRCCCGUCAAGAGUUCUAAACGAGAUACCAGAAGACGAAGAUCUUACCUCCAAUCCCUCUCGGAGUCUGACGAGGAUAGAGAUCUGGAGCCUAGCMCAACCAUUGUYCGCCCCUCUUCAAAUCAACGUGAUAGGAGAGGACAUCGUCAUACUCCUACGUUUCCCGCAASCCGAUCAGAUAACGAAAGAUCACGAAGACUUGACGGACGUUUACGAAGACCUUCGUCUUCUCCGAACGUUUACGAGCUCCCCGAAAGCUCUSUACGAUCUGAUCUCCUGCGUAAAAGUCAACUUCGKCCAGAUUCYAUGAGAAAAAGCUUGACAGAUCAAGAGAAGUCSACGCGCUUGGGUAAGUUUAUACCAGUACAUUAUUAUAUUCCGCUGGCAUCUAAUAGUACAGGCUCAAUGUACGAAAUUAUAUUAGAAGGUAACCUGCGAUCAGAGGUCACUCCCCCUUGRUUUUCSUCCAGUUGUUUUCUGUAUUUAAUUCAAUGUUCAUGUAGUKAGAAAUYUUGUUUCGAGGUUUCAUUCUUCAUAGGUUCUUCUCCGUUCUUGGAGGCUGGUUUAGGCCGUCAUUGGUUCCUGUAUCUAGGCCCUCGUUCUGAUCACGAUACRCGACCAAUGGAUAARCAGAGCAUGCGUAGUUACCCCGGUAUGGACCGUGAGUCUGUUCGGUCAGGAAGACGCUCACGUCGUGAUGACGACAGUACUAGUGGGUAUAGUGAUGGCGGUAGAAAGCACACAAGGGAUCGAGUUGACAAGCUUCAAGGAGAGCUUCAACGCAUUCGUACUCAACUUCAAGAUGAGGCUAGUGCACGCAACCUUCAAGCUGAAAUGUACGGCGAUCUCCGACGGAAACACGACGAUUUGGAGCGCGAAAUUGCCCGACGAAACGCCGAGCAGCAAAUGAAAACAAUGUACGAAGAUCUACAGAAAAARUACGAAGAUCUUUCGAAAAGGAACGACCAACCGAGAGACUCGUCCACUCAAGUUGAUUUAAAGGACGACUUGAAACGACAAUUAGAAGAGCUUUCUCUACAAGUAAACGAUUUACGGAAUCGUAGUGUCGGAGAACCCGGGCAUGUACGGUUUUUGUGCCCUUUUUGUGGAGGAUGUAAUGUGCAUCACCACGGCAAUUACUAUUAUCCCGGAUACGCCGGUAUUGCACCUCCUAACGGAACCCCGGGUACUCCUAGUCAUAGUAUGGGUACUCAAACAGAUGGCAUAUCACAUCAAACACGCUAUCCUUCGACACCCCAGGCAACUUCAACACCUUACUACAACGGGUACCACAGUGCACCUGUAAACCAUUACCAUACAAGUACCUACCCAGGAGGGGUACCCUCGGGAUCUCCUGUUCAUCAUAUUCAUCAUCUACCGGAAGGUCGAUCACGUGAUCGCUAUGAUGACGAAUACAGCAGUGACGAAGAUGAUCGCUAUCGGUCAAGAAGGCGAGGAACUAGUAGUAGAACCUCUAGAAGAAGAACGAGAGAUUUCUAUCCAGAAGAAGAGCUCGACAGUCAUCGUCUUCACCUAUCUCUAGACGAAGCCAACAGAGCCGCGAGACGAAUGCAAAGACUUUCCAAAAAGAUGUUAAAUUCUGUCGCAUCAGAUUUAAUUCGCUCUGGACACAGAUAGUCUCGUCUAACAAUAAUUAAGAGGAGUAUUUAUUAUAUCCAACAUCUCGUUGCCAUUCACAACUUUCYUCUCAUUUUACAAGAAAUAUCUUCUACGUACGUAAACUAACAUUUGCAGUACUGAACACUUGGGAAAGGCUGAUUGGAGAUCGACAGUGAUUGUGGGAAUUCGCUGAACUUUAACAUGCUUGAAUGAACUCCCACAAUGCGUAGAGAGCGAUCUUUCCCGACGUUUCUUUAUAUAGGUGUUCAUAGGAGUUUUAUCAAKUUGUAGCCAUUUUUAAAUUUUAAACGUGUUUUAAAUGUGCUAAAGCUAUAAUAUAUAUCCCAUAAUAGUAUGUAAAUACCUUUGCUUUAUAACUCUAAAUAGAAAUGUUUUCAUUAUAUUUUUAUAUCAAGUUUUUAUCCGCUGUUAUUAAUAUCAAUCAGUGACGGAAAUAAGCGUUUAACGAGAUUGACAGCAAAAUGACGGAUGACGCAGCCAACUGCGCAUGACCUUUUAGAACUCAAACAAUGCUAACAACAGUUACACGGGUAUAAUAUUUAUUUGUAAUAACAUACUAAUUUGUUAGUAUUAUUAUAAAGUGUUUUACAUGA